CUCCAGACUUCCCAGGAAGUGUACAUAUGAAACUGCCUUUGGAUCUAACAUCAUCAGCAGAUUCAACUCUCAUAAGAUCUUAUCCCACUUGUGGAUCUAACAAGGCUGAUGCAUUUCAGGUGGGUUUCUCCUGGAUGUACAAAACAAACAACAAAAGGACGAAAUGGGCUUAUUUCUACGAUUUUGUUUAUGUAAAUGGCAUUAUUGAAGCUCUCUUCGUUGCGUCAGGUUGGUGGUGCCUUUGUAGAAGAGGAGAUGGAGUGUCAAAGUCGAUGGAGGACGGAUAACGUGCAAUUAGCCUUGUUAACGAUUUUGUUAAGGGACGACAACACAGUGUUGUUUAUGCAACGAUUUUGUUUUCUUCUUCGCACGAAACACGAAAAGGGGGCAGGGGGGCACCUUGCUUUCUUCUCAAAAGCAGUAGCAAUGGUUGGUGCUGCUUUCUUCUCAAAAGCAGUAGCAAUGGUUGGUGCUGCUUUCUUUUUCUCAAGCGGCAACAAUGGUUGAUCUUCUUCCCAGACGGCGAUAAUAGUUUCUUCUUCCAACGGCAGCAAGAUUUCUUCGUAAGCGGCGGCGAUGGUUUCUUCUCCCCACAAUGAGCAAAAUGGUGCCGAGACCUAAUAGGCUAAUGCACAUCUCACCCUGAGAUUGGGAUCCACCGUAAAAGUGAAACCCGCCAUGUAUGAGAUGUGUGCUUGUGGURUUAGAUCAAAUUGGUAGAGGGUUGGGAGGUGUUUUGUUGGCAGGUGAUUCGGACCGGAUGUGGCUCGUCCACUUACACCUCUUCAAUUUGAAGAUGCGGGAUCAAACCCGCAGAACCAGCAAACUCUGUGACAUGGCUUGCCGGCGUGGGAGACUUACGUGCACCGUGCUCUGCCUCUGCAGUCUGCCCCACCCCCAAAUCCAGAACCCAAAAUCUAUGCCCAGUUCGAGCGGCCGAGCCGGGCUAAGGAUGGAUCCGCCGAAGUUGCAACUUGUAACCCCAGCUAACGUGCUUUGAUAUGCUACCUACAAGACGCUGCAAUCACACAUCGGGAACAUCUCCGUACUGGCAUUCAUGGGAGAUGUUCUCGAUAUACGGCCGUAGUAUCUUGUAGGUAGGAGUGGGUAGCAUAUACACUUAUGCAGCAGCCUGAGAAAAUCUGAGUUCAUCGGACCGCGUGAUCUGCCAUACAUCGAUGUAUCUUUUUACAUCUCAGGGUCGAAUUUUGGAGAAGCAGAAACGCCGGCCGGAGAAACGAACCAAGAAGAAAGUCCAAAAUACCCAGAACUGUGACGCUGUUUGGAUAUUAUCUCAUUUGGUUAAAAGAAGCAGAGAUGCCACUGGGGUUGAUAUUAGGGUUAGGAAGGGCAAUGCGAAGAAAACAAACAUCAUCCCUUGAUAUUCUCUCUUCAAAACGGGGUCCACGUGAUUACUACAAGGGGAAAAAUUGCAAGUCAACUGGUUUCCAUACUCGCAAAGGUGGAUAUGUUGUGAUGAAUGAGAAAUUGCCAAACUAUGUGGUCCCUGAUUUGACCAACUUCAAGCUGAAGCCAUAUGUAUCUCAGUGUCCCAGAGAAGUUAAAACUACUGAGGCCGCUGAUACAGCUAAAUAAGAAGGGAGGAAAGACCCACUCUUUUAUUUCAGUGACUGCUCCAGUAUUUUCAAAUUCUAUUUAGAAAUUACAAGGAGAACCUAAAUGUAAUUUGGAAAACAAAACCCAAAGAAACUAGUGAAUCAUGUACUUGCCCCAUUUAUAUUCUUUUGUAUUUGUAUUUGUAUUAGCUGCAACUCAUUUUUGAAUCACGUAGUUCUACAAACUUUUCUUUUGGCUGCAAACUUGAAUCACACCCUUUUUCUCAAAAAACUAAACUGGAGCCAAUUUGGCAUUUUCAGGAGCAA